AUGGACAAUACUGAUGAAAUUCCCUCUCUUUAUGAGCUUGUUAAAAGCGAUACAUUACAAGCUCAUGAUAAGUUUGUGGCUGAUGAAAACAUGCGAACUGGAAAAUUGUUCAUUUAUAAUGGUGUGCCUAUGAUCGUAACACCGGAUGGUAUACCAUGUUUUUCGGUAGACGACUUUGACAAGGUUCUUACGAAUGAAGUAUAUUUUAUUUCCGAGACUAAAUCAGAAGACUAUGGAGUUGGUCGUGUAGAUAACAAUAAACUUGUAAAUAAGGAUCUCUAUGAUGCAUCACUUAAUGAAGCAUUCAAAACUGCAUUAGACAUUGGUCUAAUAAAAGUAAACGAAAUUAUCGUUAGAAAGGAUAAUCGUCAAGGAAAGAUAAUUGGUGACACUUGGAAUCGCAUCAUCACUAGAGAUGGACUACCAUGUAAUUCUUUUGGAGAAUUCGGGAACUUUCCCUGGAGGCUAAUACCAGGAGAUGGAUCUUCGCCAGAUGAUUUUGGAGAAUCUUGUGGACACGAAGCAAUUAAAAAAAAUUAA